UAGCUCUCCUUUAAGUAAAUUUAUCAGUGAACCUGUUCCUCCUGAAUCUUUAACAAUGCCCGUGUCUAAUGCCAUUACACACUCAAUGACUUGGAAUCAAGAGUUUCUGGAAGGUCUAGUACCACAAGCACAGGUGCAAGAAAUUCUAUCGAUUCCACUUUCUUCUACCGCCUGCAUUCAGGACAAACUAAUCUGGAAAUAUUCAAAUGAUGGAAUGUUUUCUGCCAAAACCGCCUUCCACCAAAUUCUCACACUUAGAGCUUCAAUUCCAUUGCAAGAACAAAAUUGGAAAUGGGUAUGGCGAUUGAGGUGUGCUGAGAGAAUUAGGUUAUUUAUUUGGUUGCUGUUACGAAACAGAGUUCUCACGAAUGCAGUUAGAUAUGAGAGACAUAUGGCCUCAUCUUCUAGUUGUCCUCGUUGCUUUGGUAUACCUGAGACUACUUUGCAUCUCCUGAGAGAUUGCCCUUCUGCAGUGCAGGUUUGGAAUACUAUUGGCUUGGGUGGUCUGGACUUCUUUCAUUUACCUUUGCAGCACUGGCUUGAAUGUAAUGCUAGAAAUAUUUCUCAAGUGCUGCACGGAAAUAUGUCCCAUGAUGUACUUUUUCUCUCCACAAUUUGGCAACUUAGGAAGUGUAGGAAUCGUUUGAUUUUUAAGGGGGAGGAACUGUCAGCAGCCAUGCUUUGCAGUCUCAUUAAUAAUUAUUCGUUGGACACUGUUAAGGCUAUGGCUUGUAACAUCUUCAAUAAGGAUAGGGCUCUAAGGGGGAUAAGUUGGCAACCGCCUGACUCACCUUUUUGCAAAUUAAAUACAGAUGGCUCUAGAGAGCAAGUUUCUGGGUUGGCAAGUGCUAGGGGAGUUCUUGGGGAUACAACAGGUGCUUCUAUAAAAGGCUCUUCUGUGAACAUUGGACAGGCUUCCAUUUUCCUAGCUGAGUUAUGGGGAUGUCGAGAAGGUUUGAUCUUGUGUAAAGCCUUAAAAGUUAGUCACCUAGUUAUAGAAAUGGACUCCCUUGCUGCAGUUCAGGUUAUUGAAGGCACCAAGGACAACGACAGCUUAGCAGCUGUGCUAGUAGCUGACAUUUGCCGGUUAAGUAAUGACUUCACUUCAAUUGUCAUUCAACACACACCUCAAGAGGGUAAUUUUGCUGCUGAUUUCCUUGCAGGAAUUGGGCGUAGUUUACCAGUAGGAACCACCAUUUUUUAUUUUCCACCGCCUGGCCUUAAUGCUUUCCUUGAAGGGGACCAUUUAGGCUCUGAAAGAUCCUUCAAAAUCCUCACACUAGAUGACUCUCCCACUGCCUGGCUGUCCGUUAGUGCCACAUCACCAUCGUCUUCUCCACCGGACGCCGGGUUAGAGUCACCGCCAUGCAAGACUCCAUUCUGGCCAGAUCUUUGAGUGUCUUCUGACGGCUAAUCGGAGGAACAAGAUUCACUGCAAUCUUCCUCAGAGUUUAAUGGGAAAACUGGCUGGAAGUCGGAUUUUAAAGAGAAACUACCAUUUGUUGUCUCCUCCUCUUUGCACUUUAUAUAGUACAUGUGGCCAUUAAUCUUGUAUAUGAGGGUUUUAGAGAUUAGGCCUCUUUUUGAUGUAGAGAUCAAAAGUCUUGCAACAUCAAACCUCUUUUUAGAGCUAGUGUUGUUGUCUGGGGUGAUAAAAUUCCCCCAUAGAU